GUCUUCAAGGCUGCAUAAAACAUGAAUAUUUUUGAAGGGCCAAGUGCAGUGGAGAAAAUCAAAGCCAUUUUAUCCAAACGGAAAACAUUAUUCUCCUUCGAAUCAUGUCAGAAACGCGUAUUGUAUCCAGAGGCUAUACCCCAUCAUCGUCUUGGAAUAACUCUAACACCAAUCAAUACUAACGGAUUAGCUGGACCAACAACAUACAAUAUUCAAACAACGAUAACUCAUGACUUGAACAAAAAACCUAUUAGUUCACGUGGAUACACUUUGGGUGCUAGAACAGGACCUAGAUUGAAUACUCAUCAUUUAAAUUCAGGUUUUCCAGAUCCAGGAGCCUAUCAAAAUUUUGUUAACCAGUCAUCUAUUGUUAAACAGAAUAAAAAGCCAUUUAAUCAAUGUGCACCGAGAACAGAUAAAUUGGUUCUUGGCUCAUCUACUGUUGGCGUUGGGGCAUAUGAUAUUACAAGUAAACCUGGUCGACGUGUACAGUGGCAAAGAGACACAAUGCUCCGUCCAGUUAACCUGCCUUCUGUUGAACAAAAGAGUACAAUACCAGUGAAUACAGACAAACUUUCUACAUCUACACAGUCUAAACGUUAUCAAAGAAAGUUGGCUUAUCUAAAACUUUACUUCGAAUAAAUAAUUUAAUGAAUGAAUUCAUUGAACUGAAGAAAUAUUUUUUGUUUCCGUAAGACAUUUCGUUAUUGUUUCUACUCCUAGAAAAAUACAACUACCAGUAGGAAUAAAACAUGGUCCAUAUGCGAA